CGGUGCAUAGCAGUGUAGCGACGACUACGACCACGACGACGACGACGACGACAGCGGCAGCGGCUGCAGCUGUGCACAUACACGCGUGCAUUUCGAACUGUGACCGUUGCACAUUACAUAAUAUCUUUAUAUCACGCGUCCUACACGUCGCCAUUGUCGUCAUCAUCAUCAUCAUCAUCAUCAUCACCAUCACCGUAAUAUUUUCGUACACUCGGCGCACUGCAGCAGUCAUCGCGCGUUGUACAGCGGGACAGCCGAUCGCCACGCUACCGUUACGGAUACGGUACGUUGCUACUCGCGGCGCGCGUGAUAAACGUUUAAACGCACGCGAGCGCGCACCCGUGUCGUCGCGUCUUAACGGUCGCGUUAAUAUCUCGGCGGCGGCGGCGGACGACCACGGCCGUACACCGUGACGGCGGCGCGCACGGCACCGGUAAAAUCCGAGAAAAACAUUAAUUGUAGCGACUUAUCUCGUCCGGCGUCCUACCGCCGUGGCCGCGACUGCAGUCUCGCCGCGAUCGCGGUCGACGCGCGUCGCGUAAAACCGGCCGACAGUGCGUAUAUGCUGCCGCCGCAGCCGCUCCGGAACACGGCCAGCUAUCGCGGCGCCGCCGCUGUCCACGACGGAGGCGAUGCUGUUGGCGACCGACCGCGGAUAACGACGGAGCCGACCACACCGCGGGCGGCGCAUGGACUUGCAGAACCGACAACCGCGACACCGUCCACCGUCUGCUGCACCGUCGUCUGACCGUCCUGCAGAAUUACACAAUCGGCUUUCUCAAAUGUUAUUGGAACCUCAGCAACAACAGCACGGUGGUGGCGAAGAGAGAGGCGACGACCGGCAUCGUCGCCAUGGACGGCACCACAACGACGAGCACAUGAGUGACGGCAGUGUCGGUGGCAACGAACAACAGCAGCAAAUGCUGUUACUGCACCAACACCAUCUGAAUCAGCAACACUUACAGCACCAACAACACCACCCGCACCAGCAAGGCCACCAGUCGCAGUUGCUCCAACAGAUGCCGCAACAUCAGCAGCACCAGCACCAGCAGCACCAAGACAAUGAACUGCAACAGCACCAACAGAUGCAACAGCAACGCCAACACGAACAGUUGGACGGGCACCUCCACCAACACCAUCAACAACUGCAUCACGACCAACAGCUGCACGAUCUCCACCACCAAAGCCUGCAACACCAGCAAAACUUGCAACAGCACCAGCAGAGCUUUCAGCAGCAGCAGCAACAGCAACAGCAGCAGUACGGCGAGGUGAACCAGCUGGGCGGCGUGUUCGUCAACGGCCGGCCGUUACCUAACGCUGUUCGCGUGCGCAUCGUCGAACUGGCCCGCGUCGGCAUCCGGCCGUGCGACAUCAGCCGUCAGCUGCGCGUCUCGCACGGGUGCGUGUCCAAGAUCCUCGCCAGGUACCACGAGACCGGAAGCGUACUGCCCGGGGCCAUCGGAGGCAGUAAGCCCCGGGUGACCACGCCAAGGGUGGUGGCGUACAUUGGCCGGUUGAAACGCAAGGACCCGGGCGUGUUCGCCUGGGAGAUUCGGGACCGGCUGCUCGCCGACGGCGUGUGCGAUAAGUUCAACGUGCCCAGCGUAUCGAGCAUUAGCCGGAUACUGCGCAAUAAGAUCGGAUCGACGGGACCGACCCAAAACGCAGCGUCGCAGCAGCCGACGGCCGUCAUGACCGGUGGCGGCGGCCUGUCGCCGACCACCGCCGCGGCGGCGCAUCACAUGUACGGACCGUACCAUCACCACCAUCACCACCACCCGUCCGGGUCACCGCCGUCCGUGGCCGCGGGCUAUCAGCUCCACCACCACCACCAACACGGCCAAUACCACCACCAACACCAUCAGCUCUACCACAACCAUCACUACCAACAGCACCAACACCUGUGUUCACCGCCGCCACCGCCUCCACCGCCCCCGCCACCGCAGUCGGGGCUAUCCCCCGCCGUGCCGCCGGCGACGACCGGCUCGACGUGCUGUUCUCCGUCCGUACCGGUCGCGGCGUCUAGGUCUCUGACAUCGCCGUCACUGGUGACGCAGCUACAGCCACCGGCGCCGCCGCCGCCACAACACUGUUGGCCGAGUCCGCACGCCGUCACCGACAUACUCGCCGCAGCGGCCGCGCUCGCAACAGCAUCAGCACCCCUUGCCCGUCCAGCGCACCACCUGCGCCCGUCGCAACACCACACGAGCAGCCAUUACGGCGUCGGCGGCGGAAGCGGCGGUGGCGGCGGCAGCGACACCGCGGCCGCUACGACGGCCGCCGCCGCAGCCGCCGCCGAGCAGCAGCCCGCGGCCGCAGCGGAUUACGACACGUCGGCCGGCGGUAGCGCCGCUGCUGCCGCGGCCGCUGCGGCGUACAACACGUACUGCAGCAGUUACUACCAUCACGCAAUGGUAUACGCGGCCACGGCGGCGGGCAGUAUUGCGGCUGCCGGCCGCCAUCCGUCGCACCAUCUGAGCACGACGCCGCCGUGCACGGCCGCGGCCGUGUGGCCGCACUCGAUAGCUCCGCCGCCGCCGCCGCCGCUGCCGCCACUUACGCAGUCGCCGACACCGUCACCGCCGAUUUCGGUGGCAACGACCAUCGCGUGACCAUUACCGCGGUAGUGAAUUCCCGCGACGGAACUCCUAACAGAAGAGACGAUAAUAAUAUAUAUGUGAUCAUUGUACUAUUGUCGUUUUUUUUUAUGAGAAAAAACUUUAGGUACCUAUUUAGAAGGUCGCUCGUCUGCGUUUAACUUUGUAUGUAACUUUAACGUAAUAAUAAUGUUAUACAAGUUAUAAGUACUAAAACAAUUAUUAUGUACAAUUAUUUAGUUAAACACACUAUACAUAAUAUAGGCACAUUUGUGUAAUAAAAUUGUGUUCAUCUUUCCAUAGUUCGUAUGAUUUGAACUAAAUAUUUUUUAUUUUAUUUUUUUAACUUAUCUUGUACGAUGUCGGUAUUUAUUAUACUGUGCGCGC